UUGACAAAAAAAUACAGCUAUGGUGGGGUUAUCUUUCCGUAUUGCUGUGGUGAAAGGUUUGAGGAAGAAGAAGAAGAUGAAAAGAUCCAACGUCAAACGAAACAGAAGAAUACUUUCCAAGCCCGACUCAAAACCCGUAGCCGUUGACCUGCCGGAGCUCCCUCUAGGCUAUGUGGACAAGGAUGGCCACGGCGACUAUGCUCUGCUCUCAACAUUUCCUAGGAACUUGAAGGCGAAAGUCUUUGAACUCGAUGAAUAUGUGACCAUACCAGGAAUGGGAGGCUGCUUGGUGAACGUUCUUGAGGGAUUGAUGUGUUGCAGAAUUGGGAGAAGUGUGAGGAUCUGUAACCUCACCACCAAGCAGCACGUGGAGUUGCCAGUAGUUGUAUCGAACAUUUUGGGAGAUAAUUCCAAUAUGUGGAACCACUUUGGAUAUGAUCCUAUUCAGGAGGAAUACAAAGUGAUUAGCCUAAUUUGGGAGAUGGCACAAGAGAGAGUCGUGAGAUCCGAGUAUCACGUUUUGGUGCUUGGCCCUGGAGCUUCUUGGAGGAGAAUCACCCAAAGCGUCCCUCCGCAUUGUCCUUGCUCGCAAGGUGUCUCCAUUGACAGGUGUUUGUAUUAUGGUGCAUGGACUGGUGAGAAUACAUUUGUGGUUGUGUGUUUUAACAUGAGCUCAGAGAAGUUCAAUUUGAUCAAAUUACCCCUUCAUGCUGCUGGCACCAAUCUAAUGAACUAUAGAGGAAAACUUGCUGUCUUCGACUACUCCCCCAAUCUGGCGAGUGAUCAGCGUUUGGACAUGUGGGUUUUGGAGGAUGACAGUCAAUGGUCGAACAAGAAGACUUUUGCUUUGCCUAUUUCAAACAUUGAUGUUAUCAUCCCGGGUGAGUUGUCCGUGCAGGGUACUAGUCGUGAGGGUACGGUUAGAGUCUUCUCUAAGACUGGUUACUCUUCAUUGCAUGCCCUUUGCGAUCUAUAUACUGGUAAGAAGAGAGAAUGGGUUGCAUUGCCCAAAUUGCGGGAGCGCCUCCCUUUUGAGACUGACUCUUUGCAUACGACUUAUUGGGAUGAUUUUGGGAGCAUUAUGUAUUUGGAAACCUGAGUUACUUCUGUUUAUUGGCAAACCCUUUAUAAAAAUAAUUAUAUUUAUGCCUUCA